AUGGAGUUGGUGGAGCGAGAGCUUUUGUUGAUGGUGCGGAAUUCGAAACAUGCAACUCUCCCGGCAACUUGCACAAGCUCGCGGACCAUGAUGUACCGUGUGAUGUUUGUCUUCUUCGAAAUCAAUCCGUCGUCAAAAUGUUUACAGCCAGAAAAACCGUGUUACAAAGGAUGGAAGUUAGAGUAUCGUGGAAACUUAAUGGUGGGAUAUUAUGACCAUCCAGCUGGUACAAUGUACACCUGUGAUGACGAGUAUCCAGACACUUUACAUGGUGGUCGUGCAAAUCAAGAUGGUAGACUGUUUUAUUCCGUAGAGGCUCGAUGUGGUUUCUUGAAGUGCCCACCUUAUGUGGAACGGAGAGAACUCGUUUGUGCUGUUUGUUUUAAGGAGUAAAUAUUAUUAAACCAUGAACCGCCAGUGAAGCCUUGGGAUAUCAGAGAAACGUUUUUAUUAUAGUUUAUGCUUAAAUGUCUUAUAUUAUUUGAACUUAUAAUUUUAUAU